GACGGUUUUACGGGGGUUUUACCUGUGUACCAUGUGUUUGCAGAUACCAUCGUAAUGGCCGGUUGAAGUAAAUGAACAUUCCCAUUAAAUGAUUUCAUAAAAUUUUGCUAUAUAAAGGUUAGCCUUUAAAAAGAACAGUUUAGUAACAUCUCGAACAACAUAGUGCAACAUCUGAUCACAAUGAUGUCGCUGUACAUUGCAACUACAUGUAUAUUCCUGGGCGUUGUGUCAUUGGACCAUGCCGGGCGUCAGGUUGAGGUCUAUGGCUAUCAGAAGUUGUUCGGGCUCGAUAAGGUGUACAAAAAGGAUCUGUGUAUGGACAUUGUGUUUGUGAUAGACAGGUCAUGUAGCAUUCCAGAGGCUGACCUCGUCAAUGAAUACCGUGUCAUUGAGAGCGCCAUCACUGGCAUAGCAGGCUUUGGACCAGAUAAGACAAGGGUUGCUCUUGUUACAUUCGAUGAUGGAGCUAGAAUAGUGUUUGAUUUUAACGACGACCAGACUAGAGAAGGCCUGCUAAACAAACUGGAUGAACUGAAACAGGAUACAACCCAACCCGAUAGAUGUAAAACAUUCACUUGGGAAGCUCUGAAAUUGACCAGGACACAUCCAAACCUUUUCGGAGGGGUAGAGAAAAAUAGCGAUCGGGAGAAGAUCAUUAUGAUUCUCACAGAUGGUGUCCCUUUUGAAAAUGAGAAGAACAGAGAAGAAGUGACAAAUAAAACAAUUAAAGAAGGAGAGUUGAAUGAUGCAGAUGGUAUUAAAACCAUGGUCUUUACCAUAAAAAACAAGAAAGGAAAUUUACCUCCAAAAGAACUUUUCGAAAAGCUGGCAUAUACAAUGCGUUGGAUGUUCCAAGUCGAAGACGCAUUAGUUGAUCAAUUUGAAAUUCGUGUUUUCCCUCUACUUGCCAGAUUUACUUGUCCAUAUUCGUGUAGUGAAGCGAUUGACUUAAUUUAUGUGAUGGACCGCAGCAUAAGCAUAAUUGUUGAUAAUAUUAAGAAAGAGAAAGAUUUCUUCAAACUUGUGACCGAGUCGUUUUCUAUUGGCGACAUACGAUCUAAAGCAGACCCAAAGGCUUCAGUUGCUAUGUUAAGCUACAAUCGUAAUGUCUACAAACAUUUUACUGGUUUGGAUUGUUCGGAUUCUACAUGUGUACUGAGCAAGAUAGACCAGAUCCCUAACACUCAUGACAACUUCACUGUCACAAACCUUGCACUAGAGGAAGUAAAGGUAAUCGUGAACCAGUAUACAAGGAAAGGAUUGAACGGCAUACAUCCAGUGGUGGUUUUGUCAACCGAUGGUAAUACAUGGAAAGUCGGUGCCAACAGCAUUUCAUCUCCAAAGGUUUCAAUUGCUGUUGCUGAUGAACUACGAGUAAGAGGUAUUGAUACAGUCGUGGUAUCUGUGCCCAACCACAGAGACGACCCUGGGUUGAAAGAACUAAGGGGCAUCGCCAGUCACUUCAUGUUUGACUUACAAUCUGAGUACAACUUUACCAGUUUCGACGAUCUUCGUCCUAUAACGCCAACUCUUGUCAGGCUCAUCUGCGAAAAGUAUAAGCCUAACGCAUAA